AAGCAAGUAACAGCAAGCAUGGCGUCCUCGUACUAUCAGGAGAUGCAGGAUAUAUUCAGGAAUAACAAUAAAAGCAGAGAGUUCCCGGCGCAUAGCGCUAAAGUGCAUUCAGUAGCCUGGAGUUGCGAUGGAAAAAGACUGGCGUCCGGUUCAUUUGAUAAAACGGCCAGUGUGUUUGUCCUAGAAAAGGAUCGUCUAGUGAAGGAAAACAACUACAGAGGGCAUGGAGACAGUGUGGAUCAGCUGUGUUGGCAUCCUACCAACCCUGAUCUGUUCGUCACUGCAUCAGGAGACAAAACCAUCCGCAUCUGGGAUGUGCGGACCACCAAAUGCAUGGCCACAGUCAGCACAAAAGGGGAGAAUAUCAACAUAUGUUGGAGUCCAGAUGGUCAAACCAUUGCUGUAGGCAAUAAGGAUGAUGUUGUAACUUUCAUUGAUGCUAAGACACACCGUGCACGUGGUGAAGAGCAGUUCAAGUUUGAGGUCAAUGAGAUCUCCUGGAAUAAUGACAAUGACAUGUUCUUUCUUACAAAUGGCAAUGGCUGCAUCAACAUAUUGAGCUACCCUGAUCUCAAACUCAUUCAGUCUAUAAAUGCCCACCCAUCCAACUGUAUCUGCAUUAAGUUUGAUCCCACUGGAAAGUAUUUUGCCACAGGAAGUGCAGAUGCCCUGGUCAGUCUGUGGGAUGUGGAAGAGCUGGUGUGUGUUCGAUGCUUCUCAAGACUUGACUGGCCUGUGCGAACACUUAGUUUUAGUCAUGAUGGUAAAAUGCUGGCAUCGGCGUCCGAGGAUCAUUUUAUUGAUAUUGCAGAAGUAGAGACUGGUGAGAAACUCUGGGAGAUUCAGUGUGAGUCUCCAACCUUUACUGUAGCAUGGCAUCCAAAGAGACCACUGUUGGCAUAUGCCUGCGAUGACAAGGAGGGGAAAUAUGACAGUAACCGAGAAGCAGGAACAGUCAAGCUCUUUGGACUUCCUAAUGACUCUUGAGGACCAGUAUUACAUGUGCUUUGUGAAGUAGCCUCAUUUGGAGGUGAAAUGAAUAGUUAAUCAGUUUGUCUUACUCAUAUGAGGUUACUAAUAAAUGUUGUGUAUAUAAUAGUUAAAAUAUAUUUUUAUGUUCUCCUCUCAUAUUACUUGAAGUGUACCACACAUGACAAACUGAUACAUUUUAAAAUUAAAUUGCUGUUCAUAUGAUGAUUAUCAGAUGCAAAUUGCAGCUCCUUGUAUACAUUAGGAUUAUGUUCUUAUUUCUUCCUUUAAGAUGGUGCAUUAACAUUAAAAGUAAUGUAGUCAGUGACAUUACCAUUAGAAUUGUGUUGCUGUUUCUUAUUGACUAUUGCAUUUCUGGAGAAAAAUAUAUGGAUUACUUUGUUCAAUUUCUUGUAAAUCUAGUUUUAGAAAUCACCAGAAGAGGGCAGCACAAGCUAUUUUACUCAAUAGAAUGGUGGACAAACAAUUGUUGAUGUAAAAUCCACUUACAAAUGUGACCUGCUUAAUAUUUAGUCACUUUGAAAGUAAAAAGGAAAGUGUCAAUUACGUUUCUACUCUAAACUAUUGCAGAGAUAUAAUCAAUUAAAUGUUGAUAAAGACUAUUUUUCUUCCAUGCAGUAAACUCAAAAUGUGUUUCUGGGUCAAAGCAACCAAAAAUGAAGGAGCAGAUCACUAAUUCUCAUUAAAUCUUCAUACA